GUGUGUGUUGGGGUUUAUAUUAACUUGCCCAGGCAGCUGCUUUCAAUAUACAAUUUUUAGGAUAAACCACAUCAUGGCACUUAUACCUGUGGUUGAUUUCAAUGUUUACAAACUUGGCACCAGCGAUGUCACUGACAAGAACCUGCAGGGGUUAUCCAAAGAACUUCGAAAGGCUUUCACCGAAGUGGGGUUUGUGUAUCUCAAAAAUACUGGAAUAGAUCAAAAAGAGGUAGAUCAUGUCAUGGACAUUUCUAAGAAGUUCUUCCUGCUUCCUGAAGAAUGGAAAAAACCUUUCAGUAGGGGAAGUUACGCAAAUAACUGCAAUCAUGGUUGGGUGUCUUCAGAGACAGAAAGUUUGAAUCCUCGACGUCCAGGUGACUUGAAGGAGGCAUUUAAUACUGCAUCCUUGCGCACAGAUAUUAAAUGGCCCUCUGAUGGUGUUGAUCGCUUUCGUGACAUCCAAGUGGGCUUUUUCCUGCGCUGUAAGGAGCUUGCUCUCCGUGUACUCAGGGUUAUGGCUCUCAGUUUAGGCCUGGAUCCAGAGGUUUUUCUCAAAGCACAUAGCCACAUUGGAAGUGAUGAGAAUGUCAGCACCCUGCGCGUUCUCUAUUACCCUCCAGUGAAGGCUGGGAGUGUGAAGGAAGGUCAGAUCCGCUGUGGUGAGCACUCAGACUAUGGCAGUAUCACACUACUCUUCCAGAGCCAAGAGGCAGGCUUGCAGGUAUUAAAUCGUAAAGGGGAGUUUAUCUCAGCCCCAAGCAUUCCUGGAACAGUGAUGAUCAACAUUGCAGAUCUGAUGCAGAGGUGGACCAGUGACGUGUUUGUAUCUGCUGUCCACAGAGUUCUACUACCUCCUGUGGGUGACUCAAGCACAAGGCAGUCUUUGGCGUUCUUCAUGCAGCCGGAUAAUGAUGCCAUAAUUACGUGUUGUGAUGGCUCGGACAAAUAUCCUCCAGUGACAUCGGCGGAUUAUCUCCUCGCAAGAUUCAACGACUCUUAUGGCAGAAAAUAGAUCUGUGUUGUUCAUUGUGAGUGGAUGCUCAACUGCAUUUAGAAAUUAUCUCUGCAUAUGGGAUCUUUCACACUAGAAAGAUUUCUAAAUUGACGUUGACUUGUAUUUCAUUGCAGACAGAAUGAACCCAAGAUAUUUCAUGUUUUGUCUGAUCAUUUCAUUUGUUAAUAUACAUCCAUUCCUGCAUUUCAGGCCUGCAACACAUUUGGGAAAAAAAAAGGAAUGGAGGCAAUUUAGGGCUAGUAAUGAGGUAAAACAAUUAAAUAACGAUGUUAUUUACAAAAUCAGUAUCCAGGAAAGGCCUAGUCUUUGAGGAGUAAAGAUGGCCUGAAGAUCUCCAGUUUGUCAACAAAUGCGUGAGAAAAUUAUUGAAAUGUUUAAAAACAAUGUUCCUCAAAGAAAGAUAUGAAGGGAUUUGGAUAUCUCACCCUCUAUAGUGCAUGAUACCUUUAAGCGAUUCAAUGAAUCUGGAGGAAUUUCAGUGCGUAAAGGGCAAGGGCAUAAGCCUAAGCUGAUCACCUGUGAUCGCUGAUCCCUCAGACAGCACUGCAUCAAGAACUGUCAUUCAUCUAUCGCUGAUAUAACCACAUGGGCUCAGGAUUACUUUGGCAAACCUUUGUCAAGCACUAGGAUACGAAGUUACAUCCACAAAUGCCAGUUAAAACCUUACUGUGCAACAAGGAAGCCUUACA